GUUUACUCAGACAUCGACAGCAACAGCUGCGACUUCUUCUCGCUGACGGACGACGACGACGACUCGCCGCGCGCCUCCGCGCCGCCGCAGCCGCCGCCGCCGCAGAAGAAGAAGCGGCGGCGCGGGCGUGCGCGCAGCGCGGCCACCGUGCACGUGGUGAAGAAGAGCCGCCGCCUGAAGGCCAACGACCGCGAACGGAACCGGAUGCACAACCUGAACGACGCCCUGGAGGAGCUGCGCGAGGUCCUGCCCGCACUCCCGGAUGACAGCAAGCUGACCAAGAUCGAGACUCUGCGUCUGGCCCACAACUACAUCUGGGCCCUGUCCGAGACCCUGCGCAUCGCAGACCUCACCCGGACCCCCGCAGAACCUUGGUUCUCCUGCAGGUCCUCCUCAUCCUCAUCCUCCUCAUCCUCAUCCUCAUCCUCGUCCUCGCCGCCCUCCUCUUCGUCACCGGCCUACAGCGCCUGCAGCCCGGGCAGCCCGCACCAGGACGCGCUCUUCGGCCUGCGGGCCCUGGUCCCGGGAGUCUUCUGACGCACCGGAACCUGCAGAACUUUGCAGAACUUUGCAAAACAGUGCAGAACUUUGCAGAACCUUGAAGAACUUUGCAGAACAUUGCAGAAUAUUACAUAACUUUGAAGAACAUUACAGAACAUUGCAGAACAUGGCAGGACUUUGCAGAAUAUUGCAGAACUUUGCAAAUAAGUGCAGAACUUUGCAGUACAUGGCAAAACUUUGCAGAACAUUGCAGAAUAUUACAGAACAUUGCAGAACAUGGCAGAACUUUGCAGUACAUUGCAGAACAUGGCAGAAUAUUACAGCACAUUGUAGAACAUUACAAAAUAUUACAGAACAUUGCAGAAUAUUACAGAACAUUGUAGAACAUUUCAGAAAAUUGCAGAAUAUUACAGAACUUUGUAGAACUUUGCAGAAUAUUACAGAACAUGGCAGAACAUGGCAAAACUUUGCAGAAUAUUACAGAACUUUGUAGAACAUUGCAGAAUA